AUGGAUUUGGCAUUGCUGCGCUCCCGCCGUGGCGGCGACCGGGUCGCCUUCGACCUGCUGAAGCGCUGGAUCUCCAAUGCCUUUCUGCGCGAGGUGCGCGACACGGCCCCAGCGGGCUGCCCCUGGCAAUCGCUGACCAGGGCGCUGGAGGAGUCUCGGCGGCGACGCUGGCGUGAGGCUCGCUCCGAGGGCACAGACCUGGAGUUCGAUCCCAUCACAGAGGCGGACCUCCGAAAAUCGCUGGUCCAUGCCUACAAGGAGAUGCCUGAAGCUGUGCUGCGGGUAGUGGCGGAGGCGAAGCUGAAGGACGAGCUGUCCAUCUUCCAGCUCGGGCACUUUCCAAACACGACUGAGGUGCUGGAGCACUGGAAGUGGUACCUCUACUGUCUGACUUUCGAAAGUCGUGAGUUCACCUCGAAUGGUCUUCAUUGGGACAAGUAUCCUGACUUGUCCUACCCCUGCAUUGUACGAGUGCCUCUGGACUACGUGGACCUGCAGAUCUUGGCAAGAAUCUUCAAGGUGCAGAUCACGGUGUCCCGGCUGGGCCGUGAAGCCCUGCGCCUGCUUCCGAGCGAGGCGGAUGGCUGCGAGGAGAUCGUGCACCUCGUUAUGCACGGAGGACUCUGGGCGCCAGUCCUUGGCUCGCGGCCUCCUCUGCGGGAGGCCGACUUCGUCGGGGCCGUGGUCCAGCUUGGCCACGAUUUGCACUGCUUCGAAGCUUUCGCCGAAAAGACGGCUUGCAUCCUCGAUUUCGACGAAGUGCAGGAUUUUUGCAGGGCUUGCGUGGGGAGGCACAUCAUCCCUGUGCAGCGCGAGCGAAUCUGCAAGAUCGUCGCUUGCGACGGGACGCAGCAUCAUCCGCGCUAUCGGAUACCACAGGCCGAGCUGAUGCGGCGCGAGAGCCGGCGCCUCCGAGCCGCGCUCGACGGCCCAGGGCCAGGCGACGCUCCGAGCUUCCAUGGAAUUCCGGACGGUUCGCUCGAGUUUCAGGUGCUCCUGGAUUUGGUGACUCAGUUGGUGUGCGAGCGACUCUGCACCACACGUUGGAAAAUCGAGGGUGAGCCGCCAGCGAAGCUCGACGACUAUGCCAGGUACCUGGACAAACUGGCAGACCUCGCGCCGCUGCCUCCGGUGGAGGUGCUUGAGGUGCAGCUCACGCAGCCCUACCUCCAGCGGAUGAAGGGCUCAAGCUGCGAGGACAUUUCGGAAGGGCGCCGCUCUCUCGAGGAAGUGGUGCAGAUGUUGGAACCCUCCAAGGGCCCCAGCACGGUUUGGAUCCGGUGUCCCAGCAGCUUUCGGCCGCUCGCCAGCCAGAGGAACAGCCUCUUGAGCUGCGAGGCGGGCGACUGGAUCGGGCUCAUGGGGCUCGGAAGAGAAUACCCUGACGGCUCGCGGCUGCUCUUGGCUAAGCCCGCCGGUCUCAAGGGAAUGCCGCUUUGGAUCCUCAGCGACGUGAUUUCCCGCUUCUCCGUCAGGGAGGAGUUCGCUCCUUCACCCGAGUGGCCGUAUCCGCAGGAGUUCCUGACGCUGAAGAACGGCGAUCUUGUGCAGGUCACUGACCGUCCCAAUGGGCAGUGGCAAG